UUGGCGAGGAAGGACCAUCCGAGGAGCAGCUUUAAGAGAAGAACCACUUCUAAAUAGAUCCAGUUAGUGGGUCAGCCGACCAACUCAUGCGAUCUGGAUGCCAUGAAACCAAAGAAAUCGGCCUUUGCCAAUACAUCCACAGGAUACGGCAGGCACAAGCACAGCGGUCACGGGAAAGGACACUCCCACGGUCAAGGACACCCCGGCAAGGAUAAAGCCGAAGGCACUAGCAAGGCCAAGACUCGAGAGCCAAAGCAUCAGCAUGAGCAGAAAGAGGAGGACAAGGAUUUGAAUUCCGGUUUCGGCGACUAUCUUCGCACACCGGAGGCAUUUGAGAUGAUGAAACUAUUUGUUUUCGCCAAUACCAUAAUGUUAAUAGUCACCAUGGCCUGGCCACAUCUUAAGGAACAAUUCUACAUGGUUAAUCAAUGGCUACAAAGUUUUCGCGAAGAGCAUCGACAGUAA